CUGGUAUGGUUUGUUGUUUUGUCUGGCCUGCUUCGCCUGACACAACGUCGGUAAACAAUCGCUACGCUACACGCCCUGUUGUUCCCCGAAUCCGACCACAUCCAACCGUGGCGGAAAAUCGUGUGGUCGUGCCAGAAGUAAGAUGUUUUCCCUGCUGGCACGGUGCCACUAGACUCGCGCAUCGGUUCGUGCGUAAAUCCGUCGCAGUGUCCGCUGUCCGCCGUGCAUCGGUUCGUCGUUCGGUGCGUAUGCUUGCGGGUGCAUACGGUAAAUAGAAACACACACACGCAAGUACACGCACGCAUAGCUACAGGUCUGGAAAAUUGAGGUCCCCGCAAUAUGUUGCGGGUGGCGCACGCGAUCACGAGGGCCGCUUCGUGCGGCAGUGGUUGCCUGGGUGAAAGGAGGGUGGUGGGUGGCUAGUGUGCGAAGCGCGUACCAAUAUUUGUGGGUACGCGAAAAAAAAAAUCCAUCAAAAACAGUGUUCCAGGUGUAAGCGCACCAGCCGCCAGUGGCUUCUGUGCAGGCGUGACCUUCCGGCAUGAGGGUACAGUACUGGAUCGGUGCGAUAGCAGCUGUCCUCUGUGCCGUGUGCGUGUACUCGCCCAUUUUCCUUUACUUUCUGCUGUUCGUCCUCUACUCGUUGGUGCUGAUUGCUGUCGCGGUGUUUGGCACCAUCUAUGUGCACUACAAGCUAACCAACCGUGAACCGGUCUCGUACGUCGACCAAGGGGAAGACCAGCAAGCGAAUGUCCUGUACAAUGCCACACGCUCGCCGCUGUUUGGCAACGGUACGCCCGGAUCCUCGCCCGGGAUCUCCCGCCACCAGGGGGGCCGUUCGGCGGGCGGCACCGGUGGAUCGACAGGCGGGUCCGGCCAGCCCCAGCUGCCGAUCAUCUUCGGGCGCACGGUCGACGGGCUGCUGCAGCAGAUCAUCGACAACGCGAUGCGCGAUCUGGUCGGGCCGGCCCUAGAGCUGGUGGUCGCGAACCCGCGCCGCAUCGUCGAGCUGCUGCGCGAGGACAUCUGGCUCAGCAUUGAGAAGCUGCACGAGCGGGCCGCCCGCAUCGACGCACCGAAGCUGAUCGCUUGCGACUUUGUUGCGAAGGUGACGCUGCAUCUGCAAAAGAUCCGCCGGCAAACGGCGGCGGCCGCGAACGGCGGGACUAAGCGUGAGGGUGGGCCAGCGGAGGCUACGGGCGAACAAGCCGAUCCCGUCGUGACCGCCUCCUACCUCGCGUCGACCGAGAAGGAGCUCGACUUUCUCAAGAAGAUUGGCGAGAUACUGGUCAUCUUUCUGCUACCGCGCGGCUACUCGCUCUCCCCGGUGAAGGAUCUGCUGAGCGAGGUGCUCGCCUACCGGGUGCUGCACCCGGCGAUCCACUACCUGACCGCGCCCGACUUCAUCAACCAGCAGAUCGUGGAGUGCAUCGAGACGCGGCUGGUCGCGGUCGCGAUCCAGAAGCGCAGCCACGAGUACGCGGCCAACUUCGAGGACUUUCUGCGCAUCAUCGACAUGACGCAGACGGUCGAGGAACUGCAGUCGAUACGGGCGAGCAUCGUGAGCGACAUCCGGCAGGCGACGGCAAUGCAAACGAUGCAGCGGACCCGGGGCGGCUUCGCGAUGGCGGCCUGUGAUGGCGCCGACACGGGCGGGUCGGCCGACAACGGUGGUGCCAGCGGUGGUGAUGGGGAGCCGGCGGCCGCCACCCAGCGCCUGAAGCGCUACAUCCAGCAGCUGUCGUACGCGAAAAGCCAGUGCGAACAGUGUCUGGCGCGGCUCGGCUGGGAGGGAUGCGUGAGCAACGAUGUGGACCUGUCGCUCGCCGACAUUCUGUCCACGGUCGGGGGUCGCCGCGCGCUCACCGCAUUCCUCGAGCCGCUCAACGCGGCCAGCCUGGUCGGGUACUACACGACGGUGGAGGAGCUGCGCCGGGCGGCCCGCUCCGCCUGGCACCAGCUCGGGGCGGAGAUUUUCUACACGUACGUGCGGGCACCCAGCUCGGAGAUCCCGCUCGACAAAGCGACGCGCAAGCGCAUGGAGGCGUUCCUGGUCGGGGACGUCGGCGGCCCGGACGUGUUCUACGAGGUGCAGCGUGAGUGUCUGGCGCUGCUCGAGCAGAAAUACUACCGGCCGUUCCUGCUGAGCGACGAGUACGGCCGGCUGAAGCGGUCGCUGACGCAGGACGAGUUUAAGGAGCUGAUCGCGUCGAGCGGUACAAGCGGCGUCAGCGGCGGUGGAUGCGGCGGGCUCGAGAACGAGCUGAUGCUGCAGCACGCCACCAGUCAGGACAGCCAGGAGAGCCAGGAAAGCUCGACGGGCAGCACGGCGAACGGGGGCGGCGGCGAGGGUGCCACCGAUCCGGCCCUGGCCGAUCUGAGCAACCAUUCGCAGUACGCGCGCAACAAGCUGGACCGGCUGGACGAGAAGUUGGCGAAUAAGCAGCAGGCGCUGGAAGCGCUGAAGCAAUCGCUCAAGCCCGACUCGAAGCUGCUGCUGAUGCUGGAGCGGGAGAUCGAGUGGCUGCGGGGCGAGCGCCGCCAACUCGAGUCGCACCUGCUGCGCACCGCCGUCUGGGGCGAGUAUCUCGGCAGCUGGCGGGCGAUCGUCGAGAGCGUCGACUUUUCCGACGACCGGGAGCCGCCCCAGUUUAUGAUCGUGGUGCAGGUGGACGAGAUGAAUGACUACGGCAGCGGUGGUAGUGGCGGGCGGGACGACACCACCGUCACGACGGCACUCGAGGCGACCGACACGAUCUCGACCGGGUGGGUGGUGGUGCGGUCGCUCACCCAGUUCCACGCCCUACACCGCAAGCUGCGCCCGAUGUGCGUGGAGCUGCGCCAACUCGAUCUGCCCUCGAACAACGCGUUCAAGCUGUUCCUGCUCAAGAACGAUCGGGCUCUGCUGGAGAAGGCCAAGGCGCAGGUCCAGCGCUAUCUCAGCUUCAUCCUCGAGGACGACCACCUGAACCAGAGCGAGGCGGUGUACGAGUUCCUCAGCCCGAGCUCGGACCGGCUGAAGCAGGGCGUGCUGACCGGCAACCCGUCGCCGUCGAAGAAGCAGACUUCUAAGUUUUCGCUUGCCACCAUCUUCCGCAGCAACAGCGACAAGCUGGAGCAGCUCUGGCAUGUCGGGAGCGGUGGUGGUGCUGGCGGCGAGCGCCCGUUUGGCAGUGGCGGCGGUGGCGGCACCGACCACCAUCCCGACUUCACUCCGGAAGACGCCGACCAGGUGUCACUGUAUCUGGAGGGUGGUCCCGCACCGUCCGGCCCCAGCUCGUCCGGCGCCUCCCCGCCCACCGACGGUGCCGCCGUCGCGAUGGAGCUGCGCGACUCGAUUGCCGAGCCGCUGUACGGGCUGCUCGGCGAGAUAUUCGAUCUCGGCGGCGUGUUUCGCUGGCUGCGCAAGAGCCUCAUCUCGUUCGUGCAGAUCACGUACGGGCAGACGAUCAACCGGCAGCUGCGCGAAUCGAUCGCCGCCCUGUUCGACGAGCCGAUGCUGCACGCGUACGCCAGUGCCGUCCUGCGCAGCCUCUGGCCGGGCGGCGGCACGCUGCAGGCGGACGGCGUCCGGCUCCUGCCGUCCGCCGAGCGUACCGAGGACGAGCGCGAGAUGAUCAUGAACGCGGCCCGAUCCCUGCUGCAGGACAACAUACCGGAGCUGCUGUGCAGCCUGAUCGGGGCGCAGAACGCGCGCCAGGGUGCGCUCAAGCUGUUCGAGGUGCUCCAGAACUCGCUCUACAACAAGCAGCUGUUUUACGAUCUGCUCGAAACGCUCAUGCUGGAGCUGUUCCCGGAGAUACGCCAGCUCAAACCGGCCGCGGCGGGCAGCACCGGCAAUUGUGCGACCGUCGCGCCCGGCCACGCUACCGGCAGUAGUAGCAGCAGCACGGUCCUGCGGCCACGCGAGUACCACCAUCAACCGGCAGCGGCGGGUUCGUCGCCUGCCGCACCGAUCUAUUCACCACCGACGCCAACGGGGGCGGUGGGUUCCGCUUCGGGAACACCUAUUAGAAGCAUAUCAUAAAAUCCCCCCCCCCCCUCCAUCCACCUUUCACUGCAGCUUUUGCGAAGGAAACCGAUCUUUUUUUUACUCUUUUUUGUUUUGAAAAGUAUUAUUAUUAUUUUAUUCUCUGAAUUGUAGAGGAAAUUUUGGACAAGCAUUCCCCAUGUGCUUAUGCCCAUUCCCUACCUUAAGGGACCCCCCUUAUUGACCUAUUGCAAUUUCCUGAUCGUUUGUGUGGGCUGGCGUGGCUGCUAAGACGAGGCCUAAACAGUGCUGCAAAAUGUCACUGACAAUGUCAUACAAAAAUUGACUGAAACAAAAUCCACGUCAGCGUCACGUACUGAAUUGUGAUAAUCAGAGGCGAUACUCAAAACGGUUGGUGAGAUAAAUGCAUGCUUCGUGACAUUUUUGCGACCAACGCUUGGUCAGUCACUAUGACAUGACUUUUUUUCACUGUGAUCAGUUCUGCAAAAAUGUCGCUGACAUAGUCAUGACAAAUUCCGGCUGAAACAAAAUAAUGUCAGCGUCACGUGCUCUAUUGUGAUGAUCAGAGGUGAGACUCAAACAGCUGUUGCGACCAUCACAUGCUUGGUGACAUUGUGUGCAACCAUCUCUUGGUCAGUCACUUGGUCGCGACAUUUUCUGUCGAUGAUAAUCACGAUAGUAAUGGGAGGUAUGCGGUGCGUGCGAGUGCGAAUCUGCUUUGAUUGUCUGUUGGGUCAAACAGAACGAGAAAGUAUGCUCUUUUUGUCGCUCGCGACCAUAUGCCAAGUAUAUUCCAAGAAUAUUGUGAUUAUCACCGACAGAAAAUGUCGUGACCAAGUGAGUGAUCAAGAGUUAGGUGCUAAACCAAAUGUCAUCAAGCAUGUGAUUGGUCCACCAACUGUUUGAGUCUCACCUCUGAUCAUCUCAGUUGUGCACGUGAGCUGAUUUGAGCUUCGUUUCAGUCAUGACUGUUGGUGACGGAAACAGUGGCAUUUGGCAGCACUGUUCACAGCCAGAAAUGAUUAUGCUUGUGACAGCAUUAAGCUCAGCUUGUCAGUCAAAGUAUCGCGGUUGACUCAAGCACUCGCAUGCCCUUUCAUUGAGUAUCAGCAAUGAGCAUCAAGCUACUACGAAUAUGUUCGUUGGUGAAUAUCUCGUGAUGCUCAUGACAUUUUGCAGCAAUGCUUCUAACCAUGCACAAACAGUUUGCACCGUUCACGUCCCAUAGGUUUUGUUUGAAAAACUGAAUUGGCCAUUCACUAAAAGACAUAGAUGUAAGCCUCUCGUAUUAAAUAUCAGUUCCAAAAACUCCCCAAACUGGGGUGAUAGUGCUAUAAUAAGGGUGCAUCUGGCGUGCAUCGACGAGUCUAGUCAAACAUUCGCAAUGACAUAAUCGUACAUGUUUAGUGUGGUGCACGAAGCUGGCCAAUGGGCGAUCGUGUUAGGCAAAGUCCCAGGUUCGUUUGCUUAGCAGGUUAGGUUGAGUUACAACGCGCGUUACCCAUCCUGAGUGCAGCAUUUCCAAUCACUAUGUUUAAGCGUUUAGCCAUAAGCCGGGAACGGGUAGAGUAGGUGGUGUAUUUCAUGCAUUCCUUUGUCGGUACGGUACAGUAUUUGCACACAUCCUCGGAUGCAGUAUUGGGGUUUAUUUGCCGUUCAGGGUAACCAGAAACCCUGCUAAACGUAUUUGCUAAACUAAGACUAUCCAGGUGUGGGCCCUUUUUGCUCACUUGUAGGGUUAAGGCAAUGUGUAACAAAAACAAGUGAAACCAAAAAAACGAAACACUGUAUGUAGGUCUAAUUUUUCCCUCUAUCCCAUCCCACCCAAAACACCCACACAUACACACACAAAAAUAGUGCAAGUGGAAAAAGCGAAGAUAAAGCAAAAUAUGUGUGAUGUUGCUGCUCUGCCAGCCUAUCCGCGGUAUGCAUAUCGCUCUAGAAAACGGUGUCUAAAGCUAGGAGAGGUAAAAGAGCAUAUAGCAAAAAACGAAGAAAAUUGUGUGUCGAUGUGCAAAAGAAACGUGUUACAGCAUAUUAACAAACCAAAGCAAACCAAACAGAGCAAAAAACUAGCAUGCGAAGCACCAGCACCUGCUGUGUCCGUGAUGUGUCCUUUCCGUAUACAUAUACACAUAAAUAUGCUUUUAAAUGUGCUGUGAGUGAAUCGAACUGGACAACUGUGUGAAUGAGUACCAUAUGAGCUGAUAAGACAAACCAGAAAACAAUGAUAAUAAAGAUUUAAUCAAAGUA